AUGGCUGGUUCUCAAAUCCAAAAAUUGGCCUUUCUGGCCGGGAUCCUACUGAUCCUGGUGAACUUGGGCAGUUCCGCUUUACAUCGCAUACCCGUUCAGAGAUCGCCGAGCUUCAAGCGCAGUCACAAAAUGAUUGUAGCCGAGCGGGAUUUUAUUCAGCAGAAAUACACGCGUCAAUAUACCGCCAACGGUUAUCCCGUGGAGCAGCUAUCGAAUUUCGAUAACUUCCAGUAUUACGGAAAUAUCAGUAUCGGAACCCCGCCGCAGUACUUCCUGGUGCAGUUCGACACGGGAUCCUCGAAUCUCUGGGUUCCGAGCAGCAGUUGCCUCAGCGAGGCGUGCCAGGAUCAUCAGACCUACUAUGGCAGUGAGUCUAGUACGCAUGUGGCGAAUGGAACGGCAUUCUCGAUAACCUACGGUACCGGCAGUGUUACCGGUUAUCUAUCGAUGGAUUAUGUAGGCUUCGCCGGGCUGAUUGCGAAGAAUCAGACAUUCGGUGAGGUGACCACCGAGGUGGGUACGAAUUUCGUGGACGCCUACUUCGAUGGAAUUCUGGGCAUGGGCUUCCCCAGUCUGGCCGUGGAUGGUGUAACGCCCACGUUCCAGAAUAUGGUCAAUCAGGGCGUUGUUCAGAGCCCCGUCUUCUCGUUCUUCCUGCGCGACAAUGGUAGUGUGGUCAACUACGGCGGUGAGCUCAUUUUGGGCGGUUCGGAUCCCUCACUCUAUAGAGGUGGCCUCACCUAUGUGGAUGUCAUCCAGGCGGCCUACUGGAAAUUCCAAACGGAUUUCAUUAAGAUCGGUAGUACGCUCAUUAGUACCUUUGAUGCGGCAAUUGCGGAUACUGGAACCUCUUUGAUCGUCGCUCCCGUGGCGGAAUAUACCCAGAUUGCCCAGCUAUUCGGUGCCGAUUCCGAGGGUACCUUCCAAUGCACGAGUUUGGAUUCCUAUCCGGAUCUGGUGAUCACCAUCAAUGGCGUGGACUUUAGGAUCCAGGCCAAGUACUAUAUCAUCCAGGAGAACUACCUCUGCUCGCUGGCCAUUCAAUCGAUUUCGGGCCAGGACUUUUGGAUCAUGGGCGAUGUGUUCUUGGGUCGCUUCUACACCGAAUUCGAUGUGGGCAAUCAAAGAUUGGGCUUUGCUCCGGUAAAUUCGGCCAUUUCUGCGAGGCAAUUGGCUCUCUGGCAGAUCUUCACCUUGGCACUCGCUUGUGGAGUGUGGAAAUUGUGGUAUUGAAACGAUUGUUGGGUUUCCAAAAUGUUGCCGAAAAGUAUUUUCCUAAAAUUAGAAAAAAAAACAUUGAAUAAGUGAGAUAUUUAACAUAGUUACAAAUUUUUUUUUCGGGAUCUCCAUCCCUAGACUUAAGAUCUUUUCAAUGUACAAACGAAAAUUGAAAUAAAAUCGAUAUCGAAGCAAAA